AUGUCUGAUAACCCUCAGAAAGCGUAUGAGCUGCUUUGGCAAGAAAUCAAAGGCGGCAACCACAGCUCGAUCUUGGCGAUUUGUUCAAAUUGUAAGUUUUAUGUAGUGCAAGGUGUUUUGCCUAAUGAUCUUGACUUGCUGAAGACUAAAAUUGUCGCUUUGAUCCAAACAUCAAAAUUCCAAGAAGCCUUUGAGCUGAUACAAACGGUGCAGGGCUUGGAUUUUGAAAGAGCUUAUAUAAGCUAUAAGCUUGGGAAUUUUGAAGACUGCUUAAGAAUUUUGGAUAAAAAUAAAAAGUGGGAGUUGGUUUGAGAGAAAUUAGCUCUGCUAAUUUUCUCUUGCUCAUGGAAUUUUAUUUAUAGGGUUUGGAUUUCUCUCAAGAACUUUAUACAGCAGUAGCGGUUUAACUUUGGGAUAGCAAGAUGAGCUAAUUCACAGUGCGACCAAGAGCUUUAGGGGUUCACACUGAACACAUCCAAAGAGGAUGACCCUUAAACGGAAUAUGCGAAUAAGCUGAGCUAGGCAAGGGUGAAUAUCACGCUGGGUGAGAAACUAGUGAGGAUGGCAGGCAGUUUAUUUAGGAUGGACUUUUGGAUCGAAAAUAUUCGCUACGUCACCAUUUGGCAGUGUCUCUUGAGUGGGAGUGUGGCGUUAUAUACCUUAGACACUUUAAUUAAUGUAAUAUUGCUUAAGAGUUUGUGAAGGAAAAAGCGACAAAGCUUUUCGUCAGCUGAGAGCUCAAGCUGUAUUUAUUAUGUAGUUCUUUCGCCUGUCGUGGUUUGAGCAAGCAAUCGCUGAGUAUGAAGAUUUGAUAAAAAAUGACCCAAGUUCACAAGAACUGCUUAUUAACUUUUCAGCGUCUUUUUCUGGCCCAGGACUUGGAGAUAGAGGUAUCAAUCAUUUUUCGCUUCAGCACGAGGGUGGAUGGGAAAUUUUGUUCAAUAGAGCUAUUCUGCAGACCGAUAUAGGACACUAUAGUGAAGCUUUAAACUCACUUCGAGAAGUCGAAAAUAUCGUCACCAAAGAUUCAUCAUUAGAAGAAGAAAAAUGGAUCGUCAAAGCCCAAAUUGCUUAUAUUUACCAACUUAUGGAAGAAACACAAACUGCUAUAGAAAAAUAUGAAGAAAUCUUAAAACAGACCACAGAUUUAAAUAUAAAAGCAAUGAUAAAAAAUAACUUAUUGUUGUAAAGGAAUAAUAAAAUGGCAUUCGGUUCGAGAGAAAUUAGCUUUGCUAAUCAUGGAAUUUUAUUAUUAGGGUUAGGUUUUCACUCGUGAACUUCUGGACAGCAAUAGCGGUUUAACUUUGGGGAUAACCAGAGGAACCACUCCUCAGUCCACUCAAGAUCUCGGGCUUUUACCUCUCAGCACAUCCCCACGGGAGGAUGACCCUUAGGCGGAACACGCGCAGGAGCUGAGUCGAGCGACAAGGGCGACGGCAACGCGCCGGGUGAGACGUGCAGCAAGGCCGGUGAGGCAGGAGUUGUUAGAAGGCUUGGACGGGGCUGACCCGUGCCAAGAUGGCUCGCCUACGUCAUCAGUUUUGCCAUAGGCCCUUUUGGGCUGCGGCACUAGACACCUUAAACACCAGAUAAUUAAGUAAGUAAGAUUGUUGCAAAGGAGCAUGAAAAUAAAGAAGCCUUAAACGAGCUUAAGAGCUCUUUGGGAGAUGAAAAUAAGUUAACUGCUCUACAAAAAGCUGGGAUUUUGCUUAAUUAUGCAUUGAUCGCUUUCAAAAGAAAAAAAAUCCAAGAAGCAGAAGAUAUAUUAAAAGAAUGCGAAAAAUAUAAAGUCCACGAGAGAAGGCUAGGCUCUAUCAAUGCUUAUAUACUGAUGAAAGAAAAAAAGAAUGAUGAAUAUAAAAACUUUUUAUUGGAAAAACAUCAGCCGUGGGCUUAUUUAUUGCUAAUAAAAAUUCUGUUGCAGCAGCACAAACAGAAAGAUUAGAUUAGAUUAGUUUAAAUUAUAGUGGGCCAUCAGGAUUUAUUUCAGCCCCUCUCCGUUUCACGGAUAGCUUCGUAUUGGCGCUAAGUGCUAUCCUCACACCACCUUUUUGCUUCUGAUGUCACCAAAAAAUGGUGACUUCGAAGAUCUAUUGGGGAGACACCCCUACCCAUUGGCAUUGCCUUUCUUGGUCCCAACGUUCAGCAAAAGACUCCCUUAACCUCUGACAGGGUUCAAGAGUAUGGGUGAAUCGUCUUUGCCUUCUCCAUGGCCGGUUAGAGCCUUAUUGCAGGCUCGAAGAUUGCCCCCAUGGAGUAUUGUGGUACUUUGCGCCGGGAAGAACAUCUGCAGGUAAAGAAAAAAGACUUAGGGUCAUCUCCUAGGCCAAAACUCCACCCCAGAGAACUAUCGUCAUGUGGCUCGCCUUUCCUGGGCCGGAUCAAUUCACGGGCCACCAGGAGUCCACGUCAUAUCACGUCAUUUUAAUAAUUCUCUACAACAGAAAGAAGCUGCAGAGAUUUCGCUGAAACUGAAGUCAGAACAGAGCGCUUUUAAUGAUCAAGAUUUUUAUAUAACAAUGUCUCACAUUUUGGAAGACGCUGGAUAUGUGCAGCAAGCUGUUGAGCUUUUAGAAGAAGGAAACAAAUUGUUUUCUGAUAGAAAAAUCUGUGAAGCUCUAGGGAAUUUAUUAAUGAAAAUUGGCGAAUUAGAUAAAGCAACUAGCGUUUUCCAGCAAUUUCUCAAUAAAAAUGAUGAUAAAGCUAUAAGAUCAAGUUUAGUAAUUGCCGCCGCUAACUCUUAUGCAAAAUGGGUAAAAGCCAAUCCAACUGUCAGCGAAGCUGAAAAAAACAAAAAGUUCCAAGAAAUAGAAAGCUUGAAAAAAGGCCUGAUCAAUAAAAAAGAUGCUUUAUAUUCCUUACGACAAGGUGACGAAGACAUUUUUGGAGUCUGCGACAGGUUAGAAUACGCCAACGUAAACUGGAAACAAAAAGUAGAAGAGAAAAAAGUAGCAGAAGUGGCCAGAAAAAAGAGAAAAAGAAAACCAAAAUACCCUAAAGGCUUUGACCCUAAAAAUCCUAAUAACCCUCCUCCAGACCCUGAAAGGUGGCUGCCUAAAAAAGAAAGGUCAGAAUACAAGAAGAAAAAUUGGAAAAAACAAAAGAAACUUAAAGGGCCACAAGGAGCCAUGCCAGAAGUGAUGGGACAAGAAGUGGGCUCUUUUAAUAGAGGCCCGUCAACUGCUCAUAUAGAAGCUGCAGGAGAAAAGAAGAGAAAGUAG